AGAUAGAAUCGAUCAUUCAGGAUACUUCAUCGCACCGGAGGUUGGAGAUUCCUACAUCUGACAACAAACAUGGCUUUAAGACGAGCUUUGCAUUUUGUUUUUAAAGUAGGAGAUCGAACCAAAACAGCCACGUUUUAUCGAGAAGUGUUGGGCAUGACGGUUUUAAGGCACGAAGAGUUUGAGGAAGGCUGUAAAGCAACUUGCAACGGCCCCUAUGAUGGGAAGUGGAGCAAGACAAUGGUUGGCUAUGGUCCAGAGGACAACCACUUCGUUGCUGAGCUGACAUAUAAUUAUGGAGUUGGAGAAUAUCAACUUGGGAAUGACUUCAUGGGACUUAUCCUGCAGUCGAGCCAGGCUGUAAGCAAUGCUAGAAGACUCGGGUGGCCCCUGACACAAGUAGAGGAGGCCCUGUACCUGACCCACGCCCCUGGAGGGUAUCCCUUUUAUCUUGUUGACAAAGAACAGCCUCCACACGAUCCUGUUCAGAAGGUUUGUCUGGGAGUGUCAGACCUCCAAAGAUCAAUUCACUACUGGGAAACACUUUUGGGAAUGAAGGUCAUGGAUAGAAAUGAUAAAAAGAAGACGGUGCUGUUGGGGUUUUCAGACACUCAAUGUCAAUUAGAGCUCUGUGAUGUCGGUGGGACCGUUGACCAUGGAACUGCGUUUGGGAGAAUAGCGUUUUCAUGCCCACGAGAGGAGCUACCAAAUCUUGAAGCCUUGAUGAAGAAGGAAAACCAAAAAAUCCUCACUCCGUUGGUCACACUGGACACUCCUGGAAAAGCCACAGUAGAGGUGGUCAUUUUAGCUGACCCUGAUGGCCAUGAGAUUUGCUUUGUGGGAGAUGAAGCCUUUAGGGAACUGUCUGCUGUGGAUCCUAAAGGAAAUGAAUUACUUGAUAAGGCUAUGGCAGAAGACAAAAGCGAUGAGUGGUUUGCAAAACACAAUAAACAGAAAGCUGCUGCCUGAGAGGAAGAGGCUGGUGUGGAGAACUGCAUGUUCGUGAAACGUUCAGAUGCUGAAGAGGAAAUCUGUCGCAUAAAUCUUUUUGUAAUGUCAACUUCUGUCCAGGCUGACAGAAAAAGUUUCCUGAAAGGCCCUUCCAUCUACAAUGGACCACUUUUUCUAAUUGAUGAAUAUUCUUUCCUGAAAUGUUUUGAUAAGAAGGCAAAUGAAUGUGUAGAAAGUUCAAUAAAUUUGAUGUACAGUAUCUGAUUUGUCAAAAUUUACUGUUGGAAGUCUUUCAUUGUGGGUUUCAAAUUUUGUGCUGCACAGGUAAUGAAAUAAAAUCUUGUGAAAUGAUAUCACACGAUUGACUUGGAAAGACAAAUAAAAUUCCUGGUUGGAGGAUAAAAAUAAUGCAAAGUAAAAUAUUUUGUUGGUUUGCUUCAUGUUUGAUGUGAUAAUCUAUUGUUUGCAGUAACACUGAGUUGUUUCCUACACAAAACAUCCAAACAUUGUCUUCUUGAGCUAUAACAGUAAUAAUAUGAACAGUUUUUAAAAAAUCUGAGGAACAUCUUUAGAUUUCUCAAUAAUUUGAGUUUCUUUAUUUUACUGAUAUUUAUAUUUUUAUACACCAUGUAAAUUUGUUGUCUAAUUUUGACUUUUAACUUUAUUCUAUAUAUUUUUAUUUUCUUUAUUAUUUCUUCUUCAAAUUUUUCUUUUGUCCUUUUCUAACUUAUCCUGACAUGAGAGAUGCCAAAGAAAAAUUCCGAUGUACCGCAUGUGCAAACGGCAAUAAAACUUGAAUCUGUA